AUGUUUGGAGAUUUUGCUGCAAAACUUAUAGCUGAUACUUCUCGUGCAAUACGCCUUGAUACGUGGCCGCCUUAUGAGACAGAACGAGUUCAAGCAGUAUUAAGAGAAAUCUGUGCAUUAGAUGAAGCAUCACGAGAGCUUCUUGAAGCCCAUGGCGGAACUACGUUCUCUCAAACAGAAUAUCCAGGUAUAGCAGCGCAUUUACUUGUGCAAUAUUUGUGUAAACUUCGUAAUAAACGAUGUUUGCUUGCAUACCACCGUGCACGCGCCAUACGGCUUGCAUCUACGUGCUGGAGUGAUCCAUUGCAAGCAGUAGUUGAUUCAGGGCUGCUUUCAGCGGCUGAACGCACGUAUUUACGCGCAUAUACUUCACUUUGUUCAUAUUAUAUGCAGCAAUGGCCAGGAAUUGAUUUUGGCGGGGCUCUUGAGCCGCCAAAUGAUCUUUAUGUUAAUGUCCGUGUAUUGCAGGAUGUUGGAGAAAUCCAGACAGAAUAUGGGGCAAUUACUUUAAAUAAAAAUAGCCAGUUUUUUUUACGGCUUUCUGAUGUAGAAGGGCUUCUUCGACAGGGUUAUUUGCAGAGAGUAUCUUAG